AUAGCACUAAUGUUUGCUCGAGCUAUUGCACCUGUCCGGGAUGGUCUCGCCAAACAUUGGUCGACUCAAAAAGACGGCGCAAUCCCGCGGGGCACUUUCUCACGCUUCAUGAAGCGUCAUCGCUUCGAAUCGAUCAUGCAGUUCCUACACUUCAACAACAAC